UCUUAUGGUGUGGAAACUCACUGUGAUGGCAGACAGGAUGGAGCUCAGUGUUAUGGACCUUUGGGAGGAACUGUGGACAUCCAGCUGAUAGACAGCACUUCAGAAAUGCCUAGAUACCAACUUUCAAAGAAUACAUUAAAAAUACUAGAUGUGAAAAAUAAUAAGGUUAUUUCUAAUACCAUAGGAGAAAGAUAUACCCUUUUUCUCAGCAAUGGAACAUUUAGGGUCAAUAACCUGAGCAGGAACGACAGUAGUAAAUAUAGCCUUCAAACAUUUAAUUCAGAUGGAAAAUCAUCAGGCGAGCGGACUUUACAAUUGUUUAUUCAAGCUCCUGUGUCCUCUGUCCUGCUGCUCUCUGAGUGUCUGUCUCAGGGAGAGAUGAGGGUGUCCUGCUCCUCUGAGGGAGGGGACAGUCCUCAGUACAGCUGGACUCUGGAUGGACGCACACUGACAGAUGCUGAGCUCCUUUCUGUAAAUAAUGAGACUAACAUCAUCACUCUGAAACAGCACGUCUCAGGACGUCUGGUCUGCUCAGUCAGGAACAACGUCAGUGAUGUCUCCAAAGAGGAGAGAAUAUCUACCUGUGGAAAUUUGCCACUGAUAGGUGGUGUUCUCUCAGCGCUGGUAAUUUUCUUGGUUGUUGGUGUAGCAGUCAUAUGUGCUUGGAGGAAAAAGCAAAACAGCAAACCUACAAAAAAGGAGGAAGAAGAUGACCAGGAAGUCUUUCCUGAUGCCAAGUUUGUCAAAAGGCCGGCAAACCAAGCUGAGAAAAAAGUGGCGGUGGAGCACCGCCAAAUCAAGUCUGCAAAGCGACCUCGGAGGCCUGAACCAACAGGAACUGAUUGUGUGUAUGCUAACGUCCAUAAAGUCAGGUGAUGAAGUGCUCAGUGAUUUUGGACAGACAGCUCCACUGAAAGUAGCUGGAGUAAGGAGCUGAUGUUAAGAUACCUAAAGGUCCUUCAUUUAAUGUAAAUUCCCUGCAUGAAAAUACAAACCAUAGCUUAUAAGUGUUAAUGUAUUGGACUAUUUAACUGUCACUUUUGUAUUAUAUCAGGUGAUUAACGCAACUAUUGUUACGUGACCUCUUGAUUUAAUUACAAACACUGAGUGUUUUCUUCAUCUGUACUCUGUGGAAGCCUUUGACUAGUUCUUCACUUGGUAAAGGUUCGACCAAUAUGUAAAUGGAAACAUGAUAAAGAGAAAGAACUUCAACAUUUAUGAAAAUAUGACUGUAAAUAAAGCGUCUUUUG